ACGGUGUCGGAUCGACAGCAGUGCGCAGGCGUGGAACAGCACCGCUGUCACCUGCGUUUGUUAGGGCUGCAGACACGACCUACAGUAGUGGCCCAAUUACCCAGCAGAAAACAGCACUCUACCUGUCUAGGGAUAGGACAGCGGCUGGUUUCACUGCAGAAGUGUGUUGAUGUGAUGCUUGAGGAUAAGGCUGUGGUGCACCGGGCCUCUGAUGGCUGUUAGCACCAUGGACUCCGAGUCAGCGCGGACACCUCAGACCCAAGCCCUGACAAAAGGAGGCCAUUCCUUGUUGUCUGCUGGCAUUCUGACCACCAGGUUCGGACCUCAAGGGAAGCACUAUGUUUGUGGUUCCCUUGCAGCUUUUAGCAAUAUAGUGUUGACCUUUCCGAUCCAGAAAGUCCUCUUCCGCCAGCAGCUGCAUGGCGUGUUGGCCAUCGAUGCGGUGCGACAGCUCCAGAGGGAUGGGCUGAGGAAUCUUUAUCGGGGCCUGCUUCCCCCACUUCUCCAAAAGAGCACUACAGUAGCCAUCAUGUUUGGCUUGUAUGAGGACUUCUCUAGAGUCUUACUAGACCAGGCUGGGAGCAGUGGCGUGCCAGAGCUGAUUACAAGAAGCUUUGCUGCAGCUUUGGCAGGAACUGCAGAGGCCAUACUUACACCGUUUGAGCGUGUGCAGACUCUCCUACAAGACCACCGGCACCACGGGCGCUUCAACAACACAGCACACACCUUCCGGACACUUGUGACAGAGUAUGGUGUGACAGAGUGCUACCGUGGCCUCGUGCCCAUACUACUGCGCAACGGCCCUAGCAAUGUUCUCUUCUUUGGGCUCAGGGGCCCCAUUAAAGAGCAGCUCCCAGAAGCUACUAGCAAGGCAGGUAACUUGGUUAAUGAUUUUGUUUGCGGAGGGUUGCUGGGGGCAGGCCUUGGCAUCAUGUUCUACCCGUUAAAUGUAGUCAAAUCGCGGGCUCAGUCUCAGGUGGGUGGAGCCUUCAAUCCUUGCAGAGAGGUGCUGUUAACAGUGUGGAGAGAGAGGGGUGGCAGUAUAGCCAUGCUGUUCAGAGGAGCCCACCUCAACUACCACCGCUCUCUUCUCUCCUGGGGGAUCAUCAAUGCCACCUAUGAGCUGCUGCUGAAGCUCUUAUGAGAAGAGGAAUGGAGACGACAAAUGAGAUCUAGAGUGAAAGAGAAAGUGUUUUAAGGGAUGGGGUGUUGAGUGGAGGAACAGAGCCAGUCUAAAGUGACAAAUGAGAGGUUGUAAAGUAAAGUCGGUGCACUUGCUGUCCAACAUUUCCAAAACUAAAAGAUAACAGCCAAGUUGUACUUCUGACUGGGGGCCAACAGUCACUGUAAGAUAACUGCCUGCUAUUGUUACUUUCUGCUGUUGUCAAAGUGUUAAAAGCAGGCAAAACUUGUGCCAGGGUCCAGUUAAUAUGCCCAUGUUUGGUCUGUGUUGUAAAGUUUGAGGGCGCAAAUAAAACUCCAUCAAUCUUUUUCAGAGAUUUAAAAGGAAACUUUAAAACUUGAGUGAUUUCCUGUUUUGUGGGAGAAUCCCUCUCUGUGGACAUGCUGUUUGCUGUGAUGUUUGUUUGACCAAGAGCGCCGCCUCUUGUGAAGAUAAGUUCUGCCACUUAAACAGCUUUGUGCUUUUUCCUCAUGUUUAGAGCAUUGUUCUCGUGCUCACCAGUUCAGAGUAAAGUAAGACAUAAGAAGGCUAAUAUUUAAGUGACUGUUGAAAUCAGUAUUAGCAGUGCACAAAGUCUAGGAAUUUUCAACAAAAGGAAAAAAUAAAUAAGGAGCUUUUUCCCUUUUUUUUUUCUAUUUUUUACAUCAAAAAGGUCUCAGUUUUCACACGUGAGUCAGUUAAUUGACAUAUUUUGUUAAAUAAUGUUUUGUCUUGAUUUAUUUUCUGAAGUGCUAUUGCCAGUGUGUGUUGUUUUUUUUUUCUUUUCCUUUUUUUUGGUUUUGUGGUUUUGUUUUGUUUUUGUGUUUCUUUGUGUGUGUGUUUUGACAAGUGCCCUGUGGUGUAUUCUCUUGUCAGUUUUUUUUUUAAUUGAAAUACGGGGGGGGGACAAUCUGGAUGUGUAAGACAGCAAAUAGGAGAAGAAGACCUGUGGUUGAGUUCUGCAUCACUACUGCUCUUUUAUUGGCUAUGAAAUAAGUGUUCCUCACUGUUUGUUUCCUUUUUUAAAACUUACUGCCAUUUAUUUUAUUUAUGUAUCUCUUCCCCCUUUUGCUCUCACUUUAAUAUCUUCUUUUGUCACGCUUGCUCUCCCCUCUGUCUGUAACAUCUGUUGACAUAAUGGGCUCAGAUUUCAAGCUUGAGUAGCUGCAGUCACCAUACUGCAGCUCUUGCUGAGUUCGACAGCCCGAAGAGGAAAGGCAUGCUGCUUGGACACUUGAGAAAGAGGCUUCAGAAUAGUGGCACAGAGAGAAGACAGGGGCAGAGGGUAAUGUUCAGUGGCACAAAAAGCUCAAGCUGCCAUGUAAAUGGAUCACUUGGCCUAUUUCUUCAAGUCUUUUCAUUCUAAUAUCCUCUUCAAAAGUGUAUCAAAUAACGCUGUUUAUCACUUUCCUGAAGCACAAGUUUCUGGAUCACUACGAAAAUGAAAUGUCACGUUAGUAAUUGUGCUAAAAUGUUUGAAAUCUCUCAGUUAAAACCUGAAUAAAUGCAGAAGUACUUCGGGAAAAAUGAGCUGACUGUCAUAUUUUCACCUAGAGAGAAGAAAGAUUUUUCUUUAUGUAACUGAGACACACAUAUGUUAUGAAACUGUUUUUGUGUAUGUUUUGUGACCUCUGUCUCAUUGCUCUGUACCUAUGAGUCAUACAAUGAUGAUGUGUAAACUGUCUGAGCUGUUUUUGCCUUUUAUUAAUUAUAAUCCCUUCUUUGUAAGUGACAAAGAAGUGACAACACUUAACGCACACUGCGUAAGUAUUGUCAAGGAUUUUUGUUUAAAAGAAAUGACAUCAAGUCGGGACUGUGAGACUGAGUUUUGGGUCAGCGCAGAGUACUACUUUCUAGCUUACUGUGUCAAGAAGUCAGACAGCAGAUAACGAUCAGAUUAAGGACAAUCUGACAGAGGGACUUUAAAUCAAGAAGCACUGAACUGCUGUUGCUUCAAAGCCUCUCAGCUCUCUUUGCACCACAUCAAGUGUCCUUCUGACUGCUGUCUUAGAUGAAAUCUAACUUUUUUAUGUGCAGAUUUAUCUAAAAAUCAGUUUUAAUCAUAGUAGCAGAAAUAUUGCUCGAACUCUGCUAACUGGCUCUCCACAUAGUUUGAAGACCAGUACCAAAAAAAGCAAAAAGGGGAGGGGGUGGCCCCAUGCAUAGAUAAACACUGCCAUUUUGAAACCGUAUGAAAUUAACACUGAAAACACAAUCUUCAUUCAUUAUAGUACUGUGCAGAAAUCUUAAGUCACCCCUCAUUUCUUUAUACUACGCUUCCAAUGAACCAGAUUUGUUAUAUUGCUCUUGAGCAAUGGUUCUCCAGGCUUUGUAGAGGUAGUUGUGAUGUCAACUGCUUUUUCUCUUAUUUUCAGUCCAGUCCUUGUACCUGACCAUUUUCAGGCCAAUGUUUCUUUUUUAAUUUGUUAAGCUAUCUAACACCUAUGGAUAAUUCAAGCAUUAAAAUGACAGCAGACUCAAGAGGUGCUAAGCUAUCUGACAGACAACUUAGACCAAUUUUAAAUUGUAUCUUUAGCAACGUUGUUAUUAGUAGCCUUUUGCAAAACCACAUAAUAAUUUCCUCAGUUAAAUCUGUGGAAAACAGCAGACAACAAAGUUUGACAGGUGUAAACAAGAUAUUCCCAAAGAGCUAUUAGAGGAAUACUUGGCAUAUCUCUGCAAGGUGUGGAGUGUGUAACCGUGGUGCAGUCUCUCAUGGUUUGGAACAUUUCAGCCAGUUGUGUUGGGGAUCUUGUCAAAAUUGAUGGAUUUACAAAUGCAGAAAAGCCUAUCAUAUUUUGAUCUGCCAUCUAGAAAGCAUCUCAGUGGCAAUAGCUUCAUUUUUAAGCAUGGCAUUAACCAAA